AUGCACAGGAUCGAGAAAUACACACAGGCACCUCCUGCCGGGCCCGUCGAGGAAGAUGCCGCCCAGAUGCCCCUGCCGUGGGAUAAGGGCGCGGCCGUUCCCAGAUCACCCUCGCUGGCGCUCAAGGCCUCUGUCGCCGCUCCCCAGCUCAACUCGCCGACUCCCGCCGCCAUGGCAACCGGUCCUGCGACGGGACCCAGUUUCGUCACCCUGCCUGCAGCCGCCCAUGCCGGCCCGUUUCCAACGGACCUUUCUUCAGCACACGCCGGCCUAGCCAGUGCUUCGACCGGGGCAUUGAAUGCAGCGGCACAGGGAGGCGCGGCACCGAUCCUGGGCACCGGCGGCCCGAUCCAAGCAUCGCCUCUGGUCCUGUCUAGAGAGAGCACGUGGCCUGCUGAUGCAACGGCGUCGGGAGCAGGCACACCGGCCGGCAGUGCUGUUGAUCCGAACCCAAGUGCGCACUUGUCCGGCUCGGAACCUCGGUACUUCCCGGGCGUUGCCACGCGCAGCCAGCGCCGCAACAGCAUCCGCAAGAACUCAUACCACGAGACCGACGACAGCACCGUCACGGGCUCGACCAGCCGGCUGAGAAAGACGGGUAGUUUCGGUGCGCCCAAUGAAGAGGAGGACGGUGCAGACGAGGACUAG